GGACACACAACAGCAAGAUCCUUUUAGCUUUUCAACAUGAGCAGGCCAUACUAUCAAGGCUCUCGGAAGGAGAAGAAAAGUGAUGAACUCCGAAUCAUUUUGGUGGGGAAGACAGGAGCAGGGAAGAGUGCAGCAGGAAACACCAUCCUGGGGAGAGAAGCGUUCCAGUCUGAACUGUCUUCUUCUUCCUGGACACUUCAAUGCAAGAGAGAAGAUGGAGCAGUAGGCGGUCAAAAGGUUGCCGUCAUCGACACUCCAGGACUGUUUGACACUAACUUCACCGAAGAUGAAGUGCUGAAGAAGCUCCAGAUGUGCAUCUCUCUGUCUGCUCCUGGUCCUCACGCCUUCCUGGUGGUCCUUAAGCUGGGCAGGUUCACCAAGGAGGAGAAGGAAACCAUUCAGAUGAUCCAUAGUACCUUUGGUGAGGAGGCAGCGAAAUACUCACUCGUGCUGUUCACACAUGGAGACUAUCUAAAGAAACAAACUAUUGAAGGCUUUCUUUCAAAGAGUAAAGAGCUCAGAGAGCUCAUAGAGGCAUGCUACGGAAGAUAUCACGUCUUCAACAACCAAGUAAAAGACCAGGCACAGGUUGAUCAGCUCCUGGAGAAAAUUGUCACAAUGACAUUGGAGAACGGUGGAGAGCACUACACCACAAAGAUGUUCAAGAGAGCAAAAAAGGCCUCAAAGAAAGAGAAGAAAAGACUUUCAAAGGAGCUGAAGGCAGCAGAACAGGAGAGGGGGCAAACCCUAAAGGCUGAGGUUGAAAGAGAAAUUAAUUUAGCACGAGGGUCAAUGAAACACAACAAAUGUCUUCUGCAGUAGGAGAUGGAGGUAUUCUGGUUAUUCAGAAGCAGAUGAAUUUGGUGAACAGACAUAGCUGAACUUUAGGACUGAAGGUCCUUUCAUCUGCUGAUUAAAAGUCACUUUUACAAACCUACAUACAGCCAGGAAGCUUUGGUCUAACCAUGUCUGCAGGAUUUCUUUGUAUUCCAUUUAGUGUAGCUGCAUACACAUUUACAUGCUGAGUCAUGGUGUGUUUAAAGGCGGUUUAGCAGCUGCAGUCAGAUGUCGGGGAGUUGUUUGAUUUUUCACUUUUCCACCAAAUCAGCUCUGGUUCUCUGGAGCCUUGGAGUUUUCCAGUUAUCCCACCUGUAUUUCCACCAGUUUUGUAACCAAAAAUAGGUCAUCAAUGGAGGACAUUGCACAAAGCACACGGGAAGUAAACAGCAGCAAAAUCACGUUACAUUGAUUACAUGCAAACUUUAGUUCUGUUAGUACAGAUAUUUCUUUUUAACCCAAAAAAAAAAAACAAGCAUGGACCAACUAUUAAGAGAGGGACCCAACUGCAAUCAAGAUGGCUGACUAGGGCGCCGCCAUAUAUCCAGUCUAUACCGGAAAGUUGGAAAGUCCCAAGCGGAAGUUUCUUGACUCGAUGGUCUGGGCUAACGUUAGCUUAGCCAAAGAAAGUACGCUAAUGGAUUUGGCAAAGUCGUAUGGCAAUUUUUUCAACGUUUUUGGUGUGUGUAUUACCCUAUACACACACACACGCACAUAUUUAUUUCUUAGAUAUAUAUGUAUGUGUGUGUAUAAAUAGAUAUAUAUAU